AUGGCAGACCUGGUUACUGAACUUCUCGUCACUGUCAGUGUCACAGAAUCUAAUGCGAAUAUAUGGCAUAUCAACUUCCUUCAUCGAGGUAGUCGAACGCGCGUCGAAAUGGACCAACUAGGAAAUACUGGUAAUUGGAAAUUACAGUUUUCUACAAUGGACGGCAUCGAAGGCACUCAUCAACAUUCCUGGAAGCUUCAAGUCUGCGGUAAACCUACGCUGUCCAGUUUUGACAGCAUUCUUCACGCUUGUGGAAGAACCGAGUAUCAGCCACCGGAAGAUAGUUCCGAUUGCCGUUUUUGGAUAUACAAUAUUCUGUAUGAUUUUGGCACGGAGGGGUUGAUUGAUCGAUUCGCUGCGGUGAAAAUGUGGUCCCAUCUUUGCAAAGAUUAUGGCAAACAAGGUUCUGCUAUAGAGAGGCUCGCUAAAGGCACAUUUACCUGCGUUCCUACUACACAAGGGGGGCUAUGCAUGUGA